UCACUGUCCCGGUUGACCAAUGGAUGUUCGGCCCACAUGACCAAGGGUGUCGUCGAGGGCGUCGACCCGGGCACGGACGACCUGGACAACACCACCACGACCGCCACCACCAGCCCCACGACCACCACGCCCUCCUCCAAGCACAAAGCAGAAGACGGCCUGGGCUCGCGGACGAAGGUGUGGGUGUGCGUGGUGUUGGUGCUGGCGGCCGUGGCGGGCGUGGGCGUGGGCGUGCCGCUGGCCCUUAGGGUCGACCCCGGCGCCUCCCUCCAUGACCGCCUCGCUACCGCCAAGACGCUCCUCAGAGACACGCCGCUCUUCGACGGGCACAACGACCUGCCGUGGAACAUCAGGAAGUUUAUGCACAACAAACUUCACAGCUUCAACUUCACGGCCGAGCUCAAGAAGCUUCGUCCUUGGUCGCGUUCCUCCUGGUCCCACACCGACCUGCCCAGGCUCAAGGAGGGUAUGGUAGGUGCCCAGUUCUGGGUCUCCUACGUGCCGUGUGAGUCUCAGCGCCUCAACGCCGUUCAACUCACCAUAGAACAAAUUGACCUGAUCAAGCGCCUCAUUGACCAGUACCCAGACGACCUCCGCCUCGCCACUUCCGCCGACGAGGUGGAAGCAGCGUUCAAGGAGGGACGCAUCGCCAGCCUGAUCGGCGUGGAGGGCGGCCACGCCAUACAGAACUCCCUCGGCGUCCUGAGGGCCCUGAGGGACCUGGGAGUGCGCUACCUGACCCUCACCCACACCUGCAGCACCCCCUGGGCCGAGUGUGCGCGUGCGCAAGAGACGGACGCAGAGGACCCAAAUUCCCCUCGGGGACUUACCCACUUUGGCAAGACGGUGGUGAGGGAGAUGAACCGGUUGGGGCUGCUGGUGGACCUGUCCCACGUCUCACAAGCCACCAUGAAGGAGGCGCUGGAGGUGUCCAGAGCGCCUGUCAUCUUCAGUCACUCCUCCGUCUACGCCAUCUGCAAGAACCCCAGAAACGUCCCGGACGACAUCCUGAGGAAGGUGGCGAGCAACGGUGGAGUGGUGAUGGUGAGCUUCUACAACUACUUCCUCACCUGCAGCAAGGAGGCCACCAUUAGUGACGUGAUUGAACACAUCAACCACGUGAGGAAGGUGGCGGGCAUCGACCACGUGGGCAUCGGGGCAGACUUUGACGGUAUCAACAUGCUACCGGAAGGACUGGGGGACGUAUCGGGAUAUCCAAGACUGUUUGCGGAGUUGCUGGCUGACCCCAACUGGACUCUGCAGGACUUGAAGAAGCUGGCGGGUCAUAAUCUGCUGAGAGUGAUGAGAGAAGCGGAGAAGGUGCGGCUUGAGCUGAAGGAGCAGAAGAUAAGGCCCUACGAGGAAGAAGCUCCAAGAGCCCCUGGCGACGACACCUGUUUCUACCGCUUCACCAGACACCCUGACCACGCCGAGUGAUAGUAGGGAAAGUGGCCCUUGAGAGAAAUGGCCCUUCCGCCUAACCAGGCACCAACCCCCCUGACCACGUGAAAUAUGGCUCAGAUCAAUGGCUUCCUUGUGAUUCCGGAGCUGGCGGCAUUGGUCAUUUAAUCCCAUAUGUGUGUGGCUAAUGAUCUGGGAUGGUCUUUGAA